CGCGGCUGCUAAGGAGCGGGGCUCAGUGGCUGUGAGCAUCUCAGUCUGGUGUCCCCCCCCACCCCUUCCUGGCUCAUCGUAUGAUUUCUCCUAUGGGAUAACCGCUGAGCGGGACCGUGUCUCCAAGCUGAUCCUUUGCUGAUAAGCUGGCUGCCAAGCCUCCAGCACUAAAACAAAAGAGUUUUUUUCUCUUCCCAGCAGGUUUUUCUGCUGUGAAUGACAGAGGAAGGGGGAAAAGCGAACUGCCUGUCACUCCUCGUGGACAAGAGGCUUCGGUGGCUCCUUUGCUCCCACUGUGCUGGCAGACCAUGGAGAUUUUCAGGCUGAGCCUGGGCUGUAUUUGCCUCCUUCCUUGGCUUGAGGUAGCAGAGGGACAAGGCUUCCUCAUAAGGAACACCCGGCUGGAAAAGUGCAUUCGUGUCUCCCACCAUGAGACCAACAGCAUCGACCUGACUGACUGCAAGGUGCAGUCCCAGCAGCAGCAGUGGAGCUGGGACCCUGCCACCAGGACCAUCGUCAGUCUUCAAACGAAGCAGUGCUUGUCAGCCCACAAGACACGGGAGUAUGCCCUGGUCAAACUGGAGCCCUGCGGGGACUUGGAACGCCAAGCAUGGUCCUGUAGCAAGAAGGGACACUUGACUCUGCAGAGCUUGGGCUUCCACCUCAGCAGCAAAGAAGGAGGCCACAAGCUCUUUGUCUCAAGGGAGAAGGACAAAUUCAGCAGGUGGAAGACUUUAGCAGAUGAAACCAUUUGUGCUGCUGCCCAGACGGCAGCUCCAAGGCCCAGCAAACCAGCUCAACAAGCUGUAGAGACACUUGUGUGGAUAUAUGAAACUAAAACCAUUGAUUCAUCAAAGAUAGAUGCCAUGAACAAAGAAUCUUCUGUGAGCUUGACUGACCCACCUCUGGCUAACAAAUUUAACAGCACAGUGUCUCCAGCGAAGACCAAACAGGCAUACCUCCCAGGAAAUGAGGAUGUGUCCCACAAUCACUCUAAAAAGCACCAUGGAAAUCGAGGGAAAAACACUGGGGCCAGGCUUGCAGGCACCAACUGGAAAACGGCCAUGCUGGUCCUCAGCCCCUUGGCAUUCAUACUGGGAUUAAUAAUACUCACACUCAAUGUUCAUUACAACAAGAAAAAGAAAAUCCUUUCUGCUCUGAAGAGCUCCCCAGCCAACAGCAGCAGAGCUGAUUUACGGGAGCCAUCUCCCUUACGAAGAGGUCCCCAGCCAUAUGUUCCACCAUCUCGCUCUCCUUCCUUGAGGCAUGGAGAGAUCCUCAUUGAGUGGAAAGAUGGGACUGUCACUCCUCUUUUUGAUAAUGCCAAUUAUCAAAUGGACUAGCUCCAAGAUAAUAGAGCUGUUGUUCCAUCCUGUGUCACUCUUCCCACCAGGAAGAGUGCCACCACAGCCAAUCUCCUCCCUAGCCUUGCUGUUUUGACAGGGAGUUGUAAGCGCUGUUUGAGUUUGUUUUUUUUUUUUAACACUUGAGAACAAUCUCCUUGCACAGCACGAGGUUGAAGCAAGCAGAGCAGAUUGUUUAGGCACACGCUGCUUAUCUCUUCCAGAGCUGAUUUAAUCCCUAACAAAAUCCAAUUUAGCUAAAUGAAGCUGAGACUCUUGCCAGCUGCAACUGAAAUUCUAGAAAUUCAUUGCCCUGAAAUUAUAGUGUUACUGAGCAUAUGAGAAAGCAAAUCCUUGGAGACAAGGUGUAAGGUGAAAAACAGAAGUCCUAAUGGUCCUUAAAUAAUUUUUAAGAUAAAACCAGCCGCUGACAGACACAGAAGGCUGUCAGUUACUUUGCCAGUGUGAGAACAUAACUAACAAACACUGCCUUCAGGACUCGAAAGAUUAAAGUCUCCUCCAGAUAUCUGCCAAAAUACUCCCCCUGCUAAGUUAUCAACUAAGUAAUAGCAAGUAAUUUUUCUAACUUAAAAGGUAGCACUCCAUAGUCCUCUCUGCACCACUGUAAGAGUCCUGCUAAGAGAACAUGUACUUGUCAAAAUAUUUACAUGUUUAGGAUGUAUUAGACCUUAUUAUAAUACACAUCCUCUUUCUUUAUGUAGAAUGAAGAGUAGUGUUGGUGGUGCUUGUCAGGGAUAUUACAUUAUCCAGCCAUUUUAUACCAGCUUCAGUCUCUGAUUUCCUAUAGUCACGUGGAAUAGACAAUGAACAGAUAUACUGCUUCCCAUCUAGAGCCAUAAUAGAGGUUUUUUUUUUUUUUUUUCUAGAAAGGAGUAAGGCACUGUUUUCAGCCUUUAUACUUCUUGUUUGCCUAUAAUUACCUGUGGCGGUCACACUCAGUCCUGAUCUCUUCUCAGUGAAACUUGUGAUGUCUUAGUACUUUCCUUAUAUUAAUGAAUUCAUACUUUCCUUCUCUCUGAUGUAAAUCAUAAUCAUGGCUAGAAAUGAAGAAUUAGUUGGAGAAAGAAAUACUAACACCAAGAAAUUAUGAGUUGCAUCAGUGUAUUUGUUCAGUAGAGCAAGGGAAACCACAUCUUAACCUGUCUCUUACUCAGACUUAAACAACAUUUUUCACUUUACCUAAAUUAAGAGCUCCGUCUUCCCUAGAGUUUGAUUUUAUUUAACCCAAGGCAGAAGUAAGAUAUCUAGAGAAUUUAAAGUCUCUGAUUUUAUUUAUUUAUUUUUUAAACAUUUUUCUUUUUAAACACAGAUCUGGAGGCUGGUAAAAAGUUAGCUGCCAUGAGACAUUAUUAUGACCAAAACUUAGCUGGUCUCAAGAAAGAAAAUAUAAACCUUAUUGGUUCAGGGCAUAAAAAUCAUAGAGGUUGGAAAUAAAUAUCUUCCCCAGACAGAUUAUUCCAUAAUCAUUUACUGAAGGGUUUCCCACACACUCCUUGGGAAAAUAUUUUACUACUAGACAUGGGCAGAAGAACUCCUUCUUCACCAGUGAUCAGUGAACACAAACAAGAGUCAGAAUUAAAUUCUGACUUUCUAGUGUUUCCACUUUAAAACAAAUCUAAAAACUUUUGGGUCAAGUUUCCAAAUGCAUAAGCAUCAUCUUACACACCAAAUUUGUGAGAAUACAUUCUGUACAUAAAUUGCUCAAAAUGUACACACAGUGCCUCACCAAUUAUCACACUUACAUCCCUUGUACCUUCUUCUACCACAAUUAAGAUGCCCACCUUUGAAAUUUUGUCCAAGGAGCACAUCACCUUACAGUGUACAGCACUUGUUAUGCUCCAAAGCCUUGACACGCUUUGGGAACACUGUGUAUGCAGUGCCAUUAAAACGGAAAUACUUGGAGUUCAGCUAAUGCUGUGCUUUCCAAAGCAAGAAGUGCUUAUGUGCAUUACUGCUGAAUGGGCAGAACAGAUGACUUGUUAAUGACUCUCUAUAAUUCAUACUUACUAUGCUAAUCUUGCUUAUAAAUAUGAAGGCAGUACCACCACUGUUUACAAAGCAUUGAUUAAAUGGUAGCUCAAACAUUAAUGAAAAAAUGAGACUGUGAAGCAGCACAGGCUUUUAACUGUUUUCUCCCUCUCUCUUUUACUGGUUGUUAUCUUUUAAUUAUUUUGUACUGGUUUACCUAUAUUAGAUGCUGGAUCAAAUUUUCCAAGGUAUGGAUAGAGGAGCUGAAGUUACAAGUCUUUAUCACAAGAUGUCUUAUAAAGCAUGUUAGCCAAACAUUCAUCAGGAAAGACUCCAAAAUAGCUGAUUCUGCAGUGGGGCUAGACCUGGUGACAGUGGGAGACACUUCCCAUCCUCUGCUUCUUAAGCUAGCUGAAAAAUACUCAAUCACACAACCUAUGUGCUGUUCACUCUCUGUCGUCACCUGAAUGCAAUGCUUGUAAACAGUGUUCAUAGCAAAAUAAAACCUGACUAUAAAAUGGA